AUGGAAUUCGCCGUCAUCGCCACCGUACUGGUGGCGCUCUUCGUCGCCUACCUCGCAUUCCUCUUCAUCCAGUUCGUCUACGUCGUCAUCCGCCGCAAGGCACUCGUCCACCGCCGCACUUCUCCCGACGACCUCCCCAUCUCCCUCCCCCUCCCAGCCGCCAAGUCCCCCGGCACCGCCGCCGCCGCCGCCGCAGGGUCUAUUUCUCCGACGCAAAUCAAGCACUUCCUCCGCAGCGCGUGGAAGAACAAAACCUCUUCUUCUCUCUCCUCCAAGGCGCUCAAGGCCGCCGAAGCUGCCGCGGCCCCGCCCUCUCCUCCUUCCGCCGUCGUCGUGCAGGCCGCUCCGCCGCCGACUGACGAGGAGGUGGAGGAGAUGCUGAUGGGGAGCAGGAUGCGGGGCCCGCCGAGGUUCCUCUUCACGAUCAAGGAGGAGGAGAGGGAAGGCAGCGCCGCCGAUUCCGCGUCUUUCGAGGAUAGUUGCGGCGGCGGAUCGUCGUCGGUGCGGAUCAACAAGGAGUUCACCGGCCACGCGCCUUACUACGGGGACCACUGUAACUCCGACAAGGAGGUUUCGUCGCCGGUGAUCGGCGUCGUGGUGGAGCUCAACCAACUGACGGCGCCCUUCGGUACGGCGCCUUGUUCGAGAUUGCACGCGGCGGAAGAAGCAGACGGCGGAAGCGGCGGCGGCGGCGGCGUCGUGCUUCCCCGGAUCUUACUGGCGCCUGAUUCGGCGGUGGGAUGGGAGAAGUUGUCGCCGAUGGCUCUGAGAGUUUUGCUGGUGGAGGCCGAUGAUUCGACUAGAAAGAUCACCUCCGCUCUUCUCGGGAAAUGUGGUUACAGAGUUUCUGCAGUUACAAAUGGGUUAAAAGCGUGGGAGGUACUGAAAGGGAAGCCAGAUGAGAUAGACCUAAUUUUGACUGAAGUCGAUCUGCCUUCUGUAUUGGGAUAUGCUCUCCUUUCGCUUAUCAUGGAUCAUGAGAUAUGCAAGAACAUUCCUGUUAUGGAGAAGAAAGAAACUCAAGCGCGAAGCUUGUAUGUGGUUUUGCAGUGA